CAGCUGAAGCCGGGAGCGGGGAGGCGGCGGCUCCAGGGACCUGGCGGCCGCCGAUCGGGGCUGCGAGGCCCCAUGGCGCCGCCCCCAGCCCCGCUCCUGGCGCCGAGGCCCGGGGAGACCCGGCCUGGUUGCAGGAAGCCCGGGGCUGUGAGCUUCGCGGACGUGGCCGUGUACUUCUCCCCGGAGGAGUGGGGCUGUCUGCGGCCCGCGCAGAGGGCUCUGUACCGGGACGUGAUGCGGGAGACCUACGGCCACCUGGGCGCGCUCGGAUUCCCAGGCCCCAAACCAGCCCUCAUCUCUUGGAUGGAACAGGAGAGUGAGGCUUGGAGCCCCGCCGCCCAGGAUCCUGAGAAGAGGGAAAGACUGGGAGGAGCUCGGAGAGGAGAUGUCCCAAACAGGAAGGAAGAGGAACCCGAGGAAGUCCCAAGAGCCAAAGGGCCUAGAAAGGCUCCUGUGAAGGAGAGUCCUGAAGUGCUGGUGGAACGCAACCCUGACCCAGCUAUUAGCGUGGCCCCGGCACGGGCACAGCCACCCAAAAAUGCUGCCUGGGACCCGACCACAGGAGCACAGCCCCCGGCACCCAUACCCAGCGUGGAUGCUCAGGCCGGCCAGCGGCGCCACGUGUGCACGGACUGCGGCCGCCGCUUCACCUACCCCUCGCUGCUGGUCAGCCACAGGCGCAUGCACUCGGGGGAGCGGCCCUUCCCCUGCCCCGAGUGUGGCAUGCGCUUCAAGAGGAAGUUCGCAGUGGAAGCGCACCAGUGGAUCCACCGCUCCUGCUCCGGGGGGCGGCGGGGCCGGAGGCCUGGGAUCCGGGCUGUGCCUCGGGCCCCCGUUCGAGGUGACCGGGACCCGCCUGUGCUCUUCCGGCACUACCCAGACAUCUUCGAGGAGUGCGGCUGAGCGGCACCGCAGGCUGGAGUUGAGCCUGACCUUGGCACGAAGGACUGACGGAGCCCUGACGUGGGCCACUGAGUCGGGGACUCCGGAACUGAAAUUCAUGCCCUGGGCUUUCCUCAAGGAUCCCUCAAGUUUCCAACUUGUAAAAAGAAAAGUGCCUGUAAAGAUUCGAAUAGAUUAGACUUGCCACCCCUCUCCCCAGUCUUUUGUUAAAAAAAAAAAAAAAAAAAAAAAGAAGAGAGU